AUGGAGUAUGCAGACUUCCUUCGUGGGGACGACGAUGCAAUCUCCUGGGACGACGUUGUGCCGACCACCCAAGAAGGCAUAAUCGGCACACAGCCUCCUGUGGCUCAGCUGAACGUGAGCAUGGAUCCUGUGGUGGGGUCGAAUCAGAGUUUAGGAGCUUUUUGGCAGAGGAUCGAGUCUUACUUCCAUGAGAACAAAGACUUCCCUUCUACCCGCAAUAAGAAGUCAUUGCAGGGGAGGUGGACCUUCAUCAACGAUAUGGUGCAGAAGUUAUGCGGUCACUACGCUCGGACCAUGAGUUCUAGGAGGAGCGGAACCACCGAGGGGGAGACGAUCGUGGAGGCAUGCAAGAUGUUCCAGGCCGUGGAGCACAAAGAGUUCACGUUUCUUCCAUGUUGGCAGGAGUUGAGAUAUCAUCCGAAGUGGCAAUCCGAGUCCUCGCACAAGAAGCAGAAGACGUCCGGCGUCGGCAGCCCCACCAGCCCUGCGUCCACGCAGAACAUGCAGUCAUCGCCAGGAGUAGAUGAAGCGGAUGCCCCUGCGUCCAAUGCCACACCCCGACCAAAACGGCCUCCUGGGAGGACUCGGUCCAAUGAAGUUGCUCGUGGUUCAACGUUGUCCAACUCAGCUUCGGCCCCCAUGAAGGAGAUAUUUGACCAACAAUUCUCCUUGAAAGAAAAGAUCGAGAAGGAUAGGGCAGAGAGGUUCGCUGAGAUGAUGAAUGUCGAGCGCCAGCGGCUACGGCUGGAGGAGGAGCGCACGCAAAUGAAGAAAGUAAAGGAGGAGAUGGUCAUAAUGAACAUGGAUCUUUCACAAAUGGAUGAAGAGCAGAAAGAAUACUACAAAAGCCUCCGGCAGAGUAUUAUUGCAGCAAGGUGCGCCUCCUCUGGUCCUUCUUCUUGA